AUGGAUGUGCUGAAAUUGACGUAUGAGACCGAGAAAUUGGCGGAUAUUGUAGAAGAACGUAAUAGAUUAAUUCAGACUGUUAGGAUAUCGCCAUCUGCUAAUGAUAAUGAAAAAUUGAUACAACAAGUACAGAAGACAUAUAGAUUGGUAAAUUCAUUAUAUGAUCAAUGUCAGAAGCAUGCUCUAUCACAAUCAGAUAUUGAAAGUAUACGAGAUUGUAUGGUGACGUAUCGAAGAUCAAUUAAUGACGUUGAAGAACCCUCAUUUGAUAUUAGACAAUAUUUUUUCGAUAAAGAAUUUGUAGAUGCUCCAAUUGUGAAUUCUAAUGUAUCAGGGACAGAAGAGACUGGCAUACAGAGCCGCGAAGUGAAGAAAGUACGAUUUUCUGAUAAUGCUCAGGAGAAUAAGCCUGUAUCUCCAGAGAUACAAGCCAGCGAUAUGCAUUUCAAACCUUAUUUUGAUGACAAUGAAGAAGAUACAUUAUCAACCAGUGCAAGUAGCAAUGGUAAUGGUAUUGAUGCAGAUGUCUCAAAUAGAGAAUUAUUUAUCGAACAACAACAACGACUAAUGACACAGGAUGCAGAUAUAGAUACACUCGCAACAUCCGUUCAGAGAGCACAUGGAAUCUCUCUAGAUAUUCAUCACGAAGUAGAAGAUCAAAAUGUUGGCUUACUUACUGACUUAGAGAAUAUGGUAGAUACUAGUGAUAGAAAUUUACAAAGAGCAAAAAGACGACUGGAAGUAUUUCAACGAACUGCAAGAGAAAAUGGACCUUGUACUACGAUUAUCCUAUUGAUAAUUAUACUAAUUUUAUUACUGGUAUUGUUAUAG